AUGCACGCAUUCAAACCAAAGGCUCCCUACUUGUUGCUGCUGAAGUUCCCUACCUACAAAACAGUCAAAACCCGGUGGCUGGUACUGUUACCACCACCACCUUCUUCAGCCACCGCCACCCACUCAUUCAAUGGCCACAUCAACUACCUUUCCUCCCAAGGUUCCCACCGCCAAGUCCUCCUCACCUAUGCCUCCAUGCUCCAUUCCCAAAUCCCUUCUGAUCCCUUCACCUUCCCCACCCUCCUCAAAGCAUGUUCCUCCCUCAACCUCUUCCUCCUUGGCCUCCUCCUCCACCAACGCAUCGUUCUUCUUGGCUUCUCCCUUGAUCCAUACAUAGCUUCUUCUUUGAUCACUUUCUAUGUUAAAUUCGGGUUCCCUGAUGUUGCUCGCAAAGUGUUCGAUUUUAUGCCUCAUAGAAACGUUGUUCCUUGGACUACCAUUAUUGGCUGCUAUUCCCACGGUGGUCGUGUUCUUGAGGCUUUUUCCUUGUUUGGUGAGAUGUGUUGGCAGGGAAUUCAGCCCACUAGUGUUACAUUGCUAAGCUUGGUCUCUGGAGUUUCAGAGAUUGCUCAAGUGCGGUGUUUGCAUGGCUGUGCGGUUUUGCAUGGGUUUAUGUUUGAUAUAAGCUUGUCAAAUUCUCUAUUGAAUGUGUAUGGGAAAUGUGGGAGCAGUGAUGAUUCCAGGAAGUUGUUUGAUCACAUGGAGCGAAGAGAUUUAGUUUCUUGGAAUUCGCUGAUAUCGACCUAUGCCCAGAUUGGGGAUCUGAUUGAGGUUCUGCAGCUUUUUAAGACAAUGAGGGUGGAAGGGUUAGAGCCCGAUCGGCAGACUUUUGGGUCAGUGCUAUCUGUGGUCGCAUCAAGGGGGGAGUUGAAAUUAGGAAUGCUAGUUCAUGGCCAGAUUUUGAGAGGUGGUUUUCACUUGGAUGCACAUAUUGAAACAUCACUGAUUGUAGCUUACUUGAAAGGUGGGAACGUCGACACUGCUUUCAAAAUAUUUGAGAGGAGUUUGGAUAGGGAUGUAGUUUUGUGGACCGCGAUGAUAUCAGGCCUUGUAAAGAAUGAUUCUGCUGAUAAGGCACUGUGUGUGUUCCGCCAAAUGUUGAAUCUCGGAGUGAAGGUAUCUAGUGCUACUAUGGCCAGUGUAAUUACAGCAUGUGGUCAACUUGGGUCUAUUCAUUUGGGGGCAUCCGUUCAUGGUUACAUAAUGAGGCAAGAAUUAUCAUUGGAUGGUGCCGCUCAAAACUCUCUUGUUGCCAUGUAUGCAAAGUGUGGUCACUUGGACCAGAGUUCCAUUGUAUUUGAUAGGAUGAGCAAAAGGGAUUUGGUUUCUUGGAACACAAUAAUCAGUGGGUAUGCCCAAAAUGGCUAUGUAUGCAAGGCAUUGUUGCUUUUCAAUGAAAUGAGGAGUGAUCAUCAAAACCCUGAUUCAAUAACCAUUGUCUCCCUCCUCCAAGGCUGCGCGUCAACCGGACAACUUCACUUGGGAAGAUGGAUACACAGCUAUGUUGUAAGAAACGUCCUUCAGCCGUGCAUCUUAGUGGACACUUCUUUGGUAGACAUGUAUUGCAAAUGUGGCGAUUUGGAUGCCGCUCAACGGUGUUUCAACCAGAUGCCAUAUCAUGACUUGGUGUCAUGGAGUGCGAUAAUUGCAGGGUACGGCUAUCAUGGCAAAGGAGAAACUGCAUUUAGGUUAUACUCAGAGUUCCUGAAAUCUGGAAUUAAACCAAACCAUGUGAUUUUCUUGUCGGUUCUAUCUUCUUGUAGUCAUAAUGGACUUGUAGACCAAGGAUUGACCAUAUACAAAUCAAUGACUAGAGAUUUUGGAAUUGCACCAAAUCUUGAACACCAUGCUUGUGUGGUUGAUCUCCUCAGUCGAGCAGGGAGGGUCGAGGAGGGGUAUAACCUAUACCGAAAAGUAUUUUUAAGGCCUCAUCUAGAUGUUUUAGGCAUAAUCCUUGAUGCAUGUCGAGCACAUGGUAAUAAGGAACUUGGUGAUGCAAUCGCCAAUGAUAUUCUCAUGAUGCGGCCUAUGAGUGCAGGGCAUUAUGUACAACUUGCACAUUGCUAUGCUUCAAUAAACAAGUGGGAAGAAGUGGGUGAGACAUGGAAUCAUAUGAGAUCUCUUGGACUGAGGAAAAUUCCUGGCUGGAGUUUCAUUGACAUACAUGGGGCCAUAACUACAUUUUUCACAUAUCACAAUUCACACCCCCUGUUUCAAGAAAUAGUGUUUGCACUAAAAAUUUUGAGGAAGCAAAUGAUCAAAAUGGAGGAAGUUACCAUUAACCUUGAAAGCAAUCACAUAUAUAAGAAUUGUGUAUGUCUGAAAAGUGAAAACAGAGACAUUUCCUUGAACGGCUGCGAUGUUUUGGAUUUCCAAUGAAGACUUUAAUCCAUGGCACCCCUUUUCUUGUUCUUUACCUUUUUCUCUCUUAUUAUUAUUUCCAACGAAGAUGAUUCGUUAUUUACAUCCCUCUGCUUCUUGCCAUGAAGAGCUGCAGGCAUUCAGCAAUCUUCUUCUACACAUAAAACGAAAGGAACAUGUUGUAUUCUCUUUUGGUGAAAACUCAUGUAAGCUGAUGGUUAAGAGAUGAAAAUUUAGUCAAAUCAGCCAAAUCAUCUAUCCGCUUUUAGCUAUCAACUUUACGUAAAGUUGGCUGCACAUGAAUUUUCACCAUUCUCUUUUCUAGUAUGAUUUUACUAGUAUUGUUCAUAUUCACUAAUUUUAUUCAU